AAAUUCGAAAAGCAAACAUUUGUAGAAACAGCAAUAGUCAAAACAAUUGUGGAGCAUCUCCUUUCUUCAUGACGACUCCGUGCACACCAAUUACACCAACCAUCCUACAUUAUUCCUCUCUCUCUCUUCGCGCGUCAAACCCCUAACCUCCAGUUCCACACUCCACUCGCGCAAACACUGUGACACAUAUACUCAUUCGUAGAGAGAGAAAAAGCGCGAUCUUCCAAGUUUUGAACUCCAAUGGAUGCGCUUUCAACGGCGAUCUCCUCCAAAUUCGCGCCACCGGCUGCCACGAAAAACACCGAUUUCUUCGUCGGAUGUUUUCGCCGGAGCUUGCAUGUUACGACGACACGUUUCCGGAGAAGAGGGAGAGCGACAGUAUCAGUGUCAGCGGAGAGUAGGAAUACUUCGAAGGAAGAGAUCGAUUUAAGCGAUCCAGAAUGGAAAAUGAAGUAUCAGCAAGAAUUUGAGCGACGAUUUGACCUACCUCAUCUUACUGACACUUUUAAGGAUCUUAAGCCUCGUCCUUCUACUUUCUGUCUCAAAAUGCGGUCUCCGGUGAUUGAAGACUUCGCAGGUGGUUAUCCAUCAGAUGAGAAAUGGCAUGGGUACAUUAACAACAAUGACAGAGUUCUCUUGAAGGUCAUACACUAUUCCUCUCCAACAUCAGCUGGUGCAGAGUGCAUUGAUCCAGAUUGUACGUGGGUGGAGCAAUGGGUCCAUCGUGCGGGGCCACGAGAAGAAAUAUACUUCAGGCCAGAAGAAGUUAAUGCAGCAAUUGUUACUUGUGGAGGUCUCUGUCCUGGUCUUAAUGAUGUCAUCAGACAGAUUGUAAUCACACUUGACAUAUAUGGUGUAAAAAACAUUGUAGGCAUCCCUUUUGGUUACCGUGGAUUUACAGACAAGGGCCUGAAAGAGAUGCCACUUACACGGAAAGUUGUCCAGAACAUUCACCUAUCUGGGGGAAGUUUAUUAGGAGUUUCACGUGGUGGGCCAACUGUAAGAGAAAUUGUGGAUAGUAUGGAGGAAAGAGGAACCAAUAUGCUUUUUGUUUUGGGUGGAAAUGGAACACAUGCUGGUGCUGUAGCAAUUCAUAAUGAGUGUCGAAAGAGACGGAUGAAGGUGGCUGUUGUUGGUGUUCCGAAGACUAUAGAUAAUGAUAUUUUGCUUAUGGAUAAGACAUUUGGUUUUGAUACGGCUGUUGAGGAAGCUCAAAGAGCCAUUAAUUCUGCCUACAUUGAGGCGCAUAGUGCUUACCGUGGUGUGGGUGUUGUAAAAUUGAUGGGUCGAAGCAGUGGCUUUAUAGCAAUGCAUGCUUCCCUUGCUAGUGGUCAAGUUGAUAUCUGUUUGAUUCCAGAGGUACCAUUUCAUAUACAUGGCCCUCAUGGCAUUUUGAGGCAUCUUGAGUACCUACUGGAAACAAAGGGAUCAGCUGUCAUCUGUGUAGCUGAGGGGGCUGCGCAGAAUCUUCUUCAAAAAACUAAUGCCACUGAUGCAUCUGGUAACACUGUCCUUGGAGAUAUUGGUGUGCAUAUUCAACAAGAGAUAAAGAAAUAUUUUAAGGAGCUUGGAACAUCAGCUGAUGUCAAAUACAUAGAUCCUACAUACAUGAUUCGAGCUAUCCGUGCAAAUGCCUCAGAUGGAAUCCUUUGCACCGUUUUGGGGCAAAAUGCUGUUCAUGGAGCAUUUGCUGGUUUUAGUGGAAUUACGGUGGGUCUAUGCAACACUCAUUAUGCCUACUUUCCGAUUCCGGAAGUUAUAAAGUACCCACGGCUGCUGGAUCCUAACAGUCGUAUGUGGCACCGUUGCUUGACCUCAACUGGCCAACCUGAUUUCAUAUGAUCAAUUCAGUUCAUAUAUAUGUGCGUACAGAGCUUCCACAUCUCAGGAGAUACUAAAUUACUAACUUAUUGGAGAUGAAACAAUUUCUGAUGUGAAUAUUCACUUCAGGAGAAUAAGACUGAUUUUCACACUCCCUCUGUAAUGUUUCCUAUGUAUAGCUUUUUCACGCCAAUUUUUUCAAGAUGAUGGAAUAAAUCUGUCGAGCCACAUUGACCGAUUUGGAUCGGUUCCUUGGAUUGUACCUGUACAUUACAAAUUUUAGUUAUUCAUAAUAGAAACUGGUCGUAAAACUCAGAUUAUAGCAGCUGUGCUGAUCCAUCUAUUUCUUUGAUUGUCGUCAAAUUUGCAUAGGUUGGUGAACCCAAAUGGUCAAUGUAUUAUGUAUAAUCUACUAGAUUAUUUUCUUCUGAAAUGCAAAAUUAUUGUGGAUAUGGAAUAA